GAAGCUUCUUAUCGUUGACUAAACAGAACUUCCUAGAAGCAGGACAAGUUUUCUUUCCAGGUCAGAAACUUUGCUCCCGGCGGUGUAAUGUAAAGUGGAACCUUUGUCUUCCGACCUGCCGGGGUGACACCGCUAGUUUGGGCCUGUUCGGGUAACGUUGGGCUAGUUGUGAGGUAACGUUACACCAGACUUUAACAUGCAUAUGCUAGCGCCUAACGGAUCCAUCAUGGAGCUGGACUCGGAGUUUGUGAAAAUUAAAGCUCACUACAGUGGGGACAUGUUGAUCGUCGACUUGGCAGCCACGUUAACGUUUGUGGAGUUGUGCGAGGAGGUGAGGAUGCUGUGCAGCGUUGCCAAGCAGCAGCCCAUCACACUGAAGUGGAUCGAUGAUGAAGGGGACCCUUGUACCAUCUCCUCUCAGAUGGAGCUGGAGGAGGCUUUACGUAUAUACAAUCGAACCAAGAGGUCUGGUCUACUGCUGCACGUGUUCCCCAGCAUCCCGGAGCGGCCUGGCAUGCCCUGCCCUGGAGAGGACAAAUCGAUCUAUCGCCGCGGGGCCAGAAGAUGGAGGAAACUCUACCGAGUCAACGGACACCUCUUCCAGGCCAAGCGCUUUAACAGGAAAGCCUACUGUGGCCACUGUGCUGAAAGGAUAUGGGGGCUGGGCAGGCAGGGCUACAAGUGUAUCAACUGCAAACUGCUGGUCCAUAAGCGCUGUCACAGACUCAUCCCUCAGACCUGCCAAAGGCUUAUGGAUCCAGUCAUGCCAUCACAGGAGCCCCCUUCAGAUGCCAAGAGUGAGGAAGUGGACCUUCCACCAGAUGACACAGAGGACACAGAUGGAAUUCCUUUUCUACCACACAACUGUUCAGUGGAUAAAGCAGAAGAUGCAGAUACAGAGGACAUCAAGGCGGUGGUGGACGGGAUUGACGGCAUCAAGCUGUCCCCCGGCCUGGCCCUGGGGCUCGGGGACUUCGACCUGAUCCGGGUGAUCGGGCGGGGGAGCUACGCCAAGGUGCUGCUGGUCCGGCUGAAGAAGAACAAGCAGGUGUACGCCAUGAAGGUGGUGAAGAAGGAGCUGGUCCACGAUGAUGAGGAUAUCGACUGGGUGCAGACAGAGAAGCAUGUGUUCGAGCAGGCGUCCACCAAUCCAUUCCUAGUAGGCCUCCACUCCUGUUUCCAGACAGAAAGUCGGUUAUUCCUGGUGAUUGAAUAUGUGAAUGGCGGGGACAUGAUGUUUCAUAUGCAACGACAAAGGAAGCUUCCGGAAGAACAUGCAAGAUUUUAUGCUGCUGAAAUCUGUAUCGCUCUGAACUUCCUGCAUGAAAAGGGCAUCAUCUACCGAGACCUGAAGCUGGACAACGUUCUCUUGGAUCACGAGGGACACAUCAAGCUCACAGACUACGGCAUGUGCAAGGAGGGGAUCAGACCAGGGGACACCACCAGUACCUUCUGUGGAACACCCAACUACAUCGCCCCUGAGAUCCUCCGAGGAGAGGACUACGGCUUCAGCGUGGACUGGUGGGCUCUGGGCGUGCUGAUGUUUGAGAUGAUGGCUGGGAGAUCCCCUUUUGAUAUUAUCACCGACAAUCCUGACAUGAACACAGAGGAGUACCUCUUCCAAGUCAUUCUUGAGAAGCCCAUUCGCAUCCCAAGGUCUCUGUCAGUGAAAGCUGCCAGCGUGCUGAAGGGCUUUCUAAACAAGGAUCCCAAGGAGCGGCUGGGGUGCCAGGUCCAGACGGGCUACACAGAUAUCAAGUCACACACAUUUUUCCGCAGUAUAGACUGGGACCAGGGACGUCAUCAAGAGAAUAGACCAGUCAGAGUUUGAGGGCUUCGAAUACAUCAACCCCCUGCUGCUGUCCUCAGAAGAGUCUGUAUGAAGGAGAGCAGCUCCCCCCCGCCCACCUCCGGGCUGUCCAAGCUGCCGUCUCAGCCAAACCCAGUCACAAGCCAACUCUGAGAGGCAAGGAUGAGGAGGAGGAGGAGGAGGAGGAGGAGGAAAGACACCAGGUAGGACUCUCCCUCUGGACCUUGUCAACGAGGCUCAGCGACUGGAGACAGUUCCCUUCCUGGACCGUUCCGAUUGUUUGUUGGAAACUCUUCUUUUCUUUACGAGGAAAACAAAGACACUGGACUUCAAGAACAUUCCCUGACGUUUUGUUGUCUGUCCCUUUUCUUAUCUCUUCUUUUGUCCUCCGGCUUGGUUUCUGUCCUCUCUGAAUGUCCCCCGUGGUGUUGAGAGAGAGCCGUUUCAUUCUGUGCCUGCCAUCAUGAACACAUCUCCGCCCGCCUCACAUCCCUGGAUCAAUAUGACAGUUCUGAGGAAGAACUUGAAAUUUGACGUGCACUUUCUUUUGUUUUUUUUCUAUCUUGUAGGGGGGGGGGGCGACGCCUCACACAACAAGAAUGUACAAUGACAAAGGAAAAUAAUAAGUUAUUAUUGUGUAAUAUAAUGUAGGUAGUGACUCCAGGAUUGACGAUGCCUUUUUAUUGAUGCAAGUGGCACAUUUCCAUCGUAACCACAAACAUUUCUUUUGUUAUCUUUUAGGAUUUUCACAAAAACGGGAAGGGGGGGGCACGUACUGGGAGACAACUUUUUAUUUAAGAAGUGCCUCAAAGAUCGUAUUAAUUACCAUGGCUCUGAUUGCACUUAUCUCUUAUUGAAGAUGUUCACACAUCAUGGCUUCAGAAGAUCAACUGGAACCAUGGCAACUAGCAUGGUUGGUCCAGACCAUUCACAUUUUAUGGGUGAAUCAAUUUAUUGGAUGAAAGGUAGCCUGCACAACACUGAAUCUUCUUAUUUUGAAUGAAUCAAUUAAUCAAAUCUGUGUAGAAGCGGUUCUCUGGGACGGAUUUAUAAGAGUAGCAUCUAAGCUAACAGCAGACUACAACUAGGGUCAGUAAGAGACAUGAUGAAAUGUCACAGAUGGGGGGGGGGACACCUUUACAGUCCAAUGUAAAGUUGUGUACAGGCCGCAGCCACUCUCAGUCCAGCAGCUCUUCGAGGCAGCAGUUAGCUCUCUGAUGUGGUUCCUCUUCAGAAACAGAGCUCCCAAGAGAGGCUGGGCCCGGCUCAGACUCUUCAGACUCUUCCUCUUACUCACCAGAUGCCCAGCGGGACUCUCUGCAGCCCGGCGAAACACCGUGAGCCCGGUGGGUUUCUCCCUGUUAUGUGGCAAAGUGUCUCCGUUUCCAUUUUGGGCUCAUUGUGUUUCCGUCCCCGCUCUGAGGCUGGCUUCACACGGGGCAACUACAGCCCAGCGCUGCUUAUUACAUUGUUCCUUUGGUUUUAUGGGUUCAAUGAAAGGACUCAACUCAACUCUUUCAGUCACACAUCCUGUGAAAUGAUACAUUAUAUUUAAAUGUAUUGUUAUUUUACAUGGUUUUAUUUCUAAGAGAAACUAAGGACUGUAGAGAUCCAACAGAGUGGGUG